AUGUCCGCCGCCGCAGUAGUCGAAGCACCUCAAGCACCUCACACACUCGCAGCCCAACAGUCACCGCCUUCAUUCCGAAUCAAUAGAGGCCACGUCGCUCCUUCCCAGCUUGGAUGGCUCAGGUCAACUCCAGCCCACGCAUCAAUCGACGAGAUCCGCCAACGCCUCCAGGACGAUGGAUACGUGUGGGUAAAAAGCGUGCUGCCACGCGAAGACGUGCUAGCCAUGCGCGAACACUUCUUUUCCCAAUUCUCUGGGACUGGCCUAUUGAAGCCAGGCACGGCACCCGUCGAGGGCAUAUACAAUGCGGCCGAAGACGUGUCCCUGCACCGGGGCGUGGGCGGCGGCAACCCCCAAGGCGACGAGGAACUUCGACGGCUAACCGACGCACACACCACGGCGCAAUAUCUGCAAUUCGUCAACCACGUCGCUCUCCGCAAGAUGGUCCGCGACAUCACGGGCUGGGACGAGGAAGUCAUGCUGCAUCGUACACUGCUCCGGCACUGCGUCCCCGGCGGCUCAUCCACGGGCAUACACUAUGACCGACUAUUUCUGCGUGGAGGCGACGCGUUCUUCCUGACGGCGUGGGUGCCCAUCGGCGACGUCAGCUCCAUCGGCGGUGGCUUGCACUAUUUGUCCGACAGUGUCAGAUUGGGCCAGGCGCUGGAGGACGACUACAAAGAGCGCUCGCGUGACUUUUCAGAGGCAGACAAAAUCAGCGCGUUCAAUCGUAACAUGGCGGCCACGGGCUACCUCGCAGACCAUCCGGAGGAAUUUAUGCGCGAGCACCGGCGUGUUGCGGAGAAGGAAGGCACGGCGACGAAAGGGUUCAAGUGGUUGAUCGCGAACUUUGAGGCCGGCGAUGUCGUGUUCCAUCAUCCUUGCACGAUCCAUGGGAGUUGUGGGAAUGAUGACCCUUCGGGUCGGAUCAGGCUGAGCACCGACCUCAGAUUCUAUGAGAAGAAGGAUUUCGAGGCUGGGAGGGCGGAUAACAGGUGGAUGAAUCAUUGGAGAGUCGAUGAUAAGUUGUAA